AGGUGGAGGCGGAAGGAGAAUCUUGGAAGAGGAGGGAAGGGAGGAGGAGCGAGGAAGAGGGGUAAGGUUGAGACAGGAGCCUCGGGGUAUCCCUCUUCGCAUCCAGGCCAUGGAUUUGUGCCUCUCCACAGCGGUUUGUCAUCUGAGUUCUGGAUGUAGAAUGCUUAUCAGAAGAACUGAUUUGCAAAAGGACAGUCUGACUUCUAGUGUUCUCUGCUCAGCUUCAAAAAAACGUGGUUUUGGGAAUGAUACUACGAAGAAAGAAAAGAGCAAGAAUGCGAAGAAUCUGAAGGAGAGCAGUCAUUCUACAUCUGAAACAAGAAAUUCUGCAUCUGGAGAGCUCAAGACAAGAAGCCAAAAGGCACCUCAAUUAACAAGCGGUACUAGUCGAAAUUCGAGCAAUGCUGUUUUAGAUCAGCAAUUUUUGGAGAAGGUAGAAGCAGUAAGAAGGUCUGCACUUGAGCAGAAAAAAGCUGAGGAGAACAAAAAUUACCAAGCAAUAGACUAUGAUCCAUCCAUUGAACCAGAACAAAAUACAAUUGGAUUGGGCACCAAGGUGGGUGUUGGGGCAGCUGUUUUGGUUUUUGGACUGGUUUUUGCUUUUGGAGACUUUCUUCCAUAUGGAAGUGUUAGCCCUAGUGAAGAUGCUUCUACAAUUGGGAAAACACUCACAGAAGAAGAGAAAUCAACAUUUAAGACCAAGCUUGAAGAGUACAAGGAAAUACUUAGCAAAUCACCUGAAGAUCCUACAGCUCUGGAGGGAGCUGUGGUUACUAUGGAAGAAUUAGGAGAUUAUGAGCAAGCAUCAUCUCUUCUUGAGAAAUUGACCAAGGAAAGGCCUAAUAAUGCUGAUGUCUAUCGUUUACUGGGAGAUGUAAAGUUUGAGCUCAAGGAUUAUGAUGGAAGUGCUUCAGCGUACAAGAACUCUUUAUCUGCUUCUGGUAUCAUUGACUUCGAAGUUCUUCGUGGGCUUACAAACUCAUUGCUGGCUGCCAAGAAACCUGGCACGGCAGUUCAAGAACUUUUGAAGUACCGGGAACAAUUGAAUGAAAAGUACUUGAGAAGUUCUAAUGUGUCUGUGGAUGGAAAAGUUAACCUUGACAAAGAAAAUCUUAAUGCUGAUCCAAUUCAAGUUGAUUUGCUUUUGGGAAAGGCUUAUUCUGAUUGGGGUCGCGUGAGUGAUGCUGUGGUUGUUUACGAUCAGCUCAUUUCCAAGCAUCCUGAUGACUUUCGAGGUUACUUGGCAAAGGGAAUCAUAUUGAAAGAAAAUGGUAGUGUUGGUGAUGCAGAAAGGAUGUUUAUACAAGCAAGAUUCUUUGCACCUGAGAAGGUAAAGGCGCUCGUGGAUCGUUAUUCAGGAAAGUGAGUCUACCCAGAGGAGGUUCGUCUUCUUCUAUUGCUGGUGGCAGUGACAUUUGCUAUCUGGAGCUACAUUAAUGGUGGUAUAAUCUAAAUGCUUAACCUGGUUCGAGCCUCUGUAUAGGUUCCUGUGCUUGAUUAACAGUACAGCAUUCGCCUUGGUUCUUCAGGAUGUUGAUGGUCAGUGUUGUGUUCAGCGAUCUGCCUACAAAAGACCUCAUGUCAUAAGAAAACCAACCAUAGUUGCCCAUGUACAACGGGAAAUCUUGAAAUUGGAUCUCACGGAUUUCUUCAACUGUUUUGUCGGCGGUUUUGUUGAAUCAAAAGAUCAAACAAAAGGUCUCCGAUAUGAUCUCAGGUUGGAUAUAAACGAGAUCUGUUUGUAAUCGUAAAUUUUGUUGUAACUAAAUUUGUAUAGGUUUUUAUGUUUUUUUGUCCUUCUCUCA